AUUUUAGUUGCUCGCAUCCUGGCUCUCGCAUGAUUCCCUACCGUUUAAUUUCCCUCUCCUCCUCUAAAGCUCUGCCCUUUCUUACCUGCAAAUCCGUGUCCUCCUCCUCCAACUCUCCCCACUCCCAUUUCCUUGCUCUUCUUCAAUCAUGCUCUCAUCCCAGCCAUCUCAAACAACUCCAUGCCAAGAUCUUCACCGAAGGCCUACAAUGCUCUCCUUCCAUCCUAACGGCCGCCACCUUAUCCUACAUAUCUAUCAGCUUCCUCAACUCUGCACUUUAUCUCUUCCGCAUCAUACCAAAUCCAUGUCCCUUUCUUUGGAAUGUGAUGAUCCGGUCAUCCUCCACUCAUGGCGAGUUCCACCUCUCACUACUCCUAUACUCCAACCUUCUCUCUUCACACCUGUCUCCUGACAACUUCACCUUCCCUUUUGCUCUCAAGUCCUGCGCAGGUCUUCACAAUCUCAAGCAGGGAAGACAGCUUCACCAACACUCCGUUUGCUUUGGAUGUCACCAAGAUCUCUUUGUGGAUGCUGCUUUGGUGGAUAUGUAUUGCAAGUGCGGCGAUGUAAACACUGCACGCCAGGUGUUUGACCGAAUGCCCAAGAGAGAUCUUGUCUCUUACACUUCCAUGAUCUCUGGGUACGCUCACAAUGGAUAUAGCAUUGAGACUUUGGAUUUCUUUAGCCUCAUGCAGAACUCAGAUGUGAAAGCCAAUCGAGUCGGCCUGUUGAGUGUGUUUCUUGCUUGUGGUAGACUUGGGGCUCUUAGAAAGGGAGAAUGCUUCCAUAGUUAUGCAAUUCAAACUGGCUUUCUGGAAGACAUUUUAGUGGCAACUGCAGUUCUAGACAUAUAUGCUAAAUGUGGGAGUUUAGUUAUGGCAAAGUUGAUUUUUGAUACUGCAAAUUGCAAAGAUGUUGUGUGUUGGAGUGCCAUGAUUGCUAGCUAUGGAUAUCAUGGCCUUGGAAAUGACGCAAUUAAUACAUUCAAUCAAAUGGUGGAAGUUGGUUUGAAGCCUAAUCAUGCCACUUUCACUAGCCUUCUCUCUGCUUGUAGCCAUUCUGGUUUGUUAGAAGAAGGCAAGAGAUGCUUUGCUUCAAUGCAAUUAAAGUAUGGGAUUUCACCAAAGUUGAACCACUAUGCAUGUAUGGUUGACAUCUUCGGCCGUGCCGGGAAGUUGCAGGAAGCUCAAAAGCUUAUAGAGCAAAUGCCAAUGGAGCCUGAUUCUAGCUUGUGGGGUUCUUUACUCGGGGCAUGUCAGAUUCAUGGUGACUUGGAGCUGGGAGAGAAAAUUGCAGAUAGAAUAAUGAAGCUGGAUCCACAGAAUUCUGGUUAUUAUGUCCUUCUGUCAAAUAUUUAUGCUGCUAGGUCAAGAUGGACUGAAGUUGAGCAAUUGAGGAAGAAGAUGUCAGGAAGAAGAGUGAACAAGGAACAGGGAAUUAGUUUAAUUGAGUUCAACCACCAAAUAUACAAAUUUGGAAUGGGAGAAAGGUCCCAUAGUCAGUCAAGAGAGAUAUACUCAUAUUUGGAGAAAUUAUCUGUAUUGAUGAAGCAAUUGGGUUAUGUUCCAUUGUUGGAAUUCUCACUUCAUGAUGUAGAAGAUGAGAACAAAGAAAUGGCUCUGUCUUACCAUAGUGAGAGACUUGCCAUUGCAUUUGGCUUGAUAAACAUGAAUCCUGGAACUCCAAUUCGGAUUGUGAAGAAUCUACGCGUUUGCAGAGAUUGUCAUAACGCUAUCAAGAUUAUUUCACAAAUAGUGGGCCGUUUGAUUAUCAUAAGAGAUAUGAAUCGUUUUCACCACUUUGAGAAUGGAUUGUGUUCUUGUGGUGAUUAUUGGUGACAGUUGAUAACCUUCUGCAGAUAAUUCAAUUGCAAUAAGAUCCCAAACUUAUUCAUGAUAGAUCGAAAAUGGAAAGGUCCUGUAAGUUUUUUGGCUACCUGUUUCAAUGAAUCAGUGUAGGGUGAUUUUCUUAUUAUAUUUUUCAAAUCGCAACUACAAU